CUCUUCAUCCUCAGUGAGACCAGCCACAUCAGGUCGAGAUAGACUCAAGCUACUCAAAUAGCAAGCUGGUAUCAAGAUGCCUAACACCAACAGAAUCAUUUCGGAGACGAGGAAGGCAGAAAAAGGAAAAAAGGCCAAAGUGGUAAAAACGCCCACAGCAGAGAAGAUCCCAGGGUAUGAGACAAAUAUCCCUGAACCCAAAUGUAGAGCUGAUCUUAUCAAAUAUUGGAUUAACUUGUCUCUGGAUGACAAAACAGCCAAUAAAAUGCUGUGGAUCACAGAAGGUGGUGCCAAAGUGGCCAGAAUGACUGAUAACCUCACGUGUCCUGUCUUGGACAGACCAGAGCGAUAUGAGUACGCUCCACAGGUUCUUUGCAAAGAGGGAAUCCUGGGAAGCCGAGGCUACUGGGAAAUGGAGUAUUCUGGAUGGGUUGUGAUUGGAGUCGCAUACGAAGGAGCUGGAAGAAGGAACAAGGAUGGGCCCUGUGGCCUGGGAGAAAACGAGGAGUCCUGGGGUCUCGGCUGGAGUGGUUCCAGCUAUCAUGCCUGGCACAACGGUCGCAUUACACAGAUUGUGGAGCUUCCCAGGUGCUCCACAAUAGGUGUAUAUGUUGACCAGCCUGUUGGUGUCAUUGAUUUUUAUGCUGUGGAGGAUGUGAUUGAGGGAGGAGAACGCAAUGGGAAAAAGGAGGUUAAACUUUUGAAGCAGUUUAAGAGCUCCUUAAAGGAGAAAAUGAUGCCAGGUUUAUGGGUAGGAACAAACUCUGACUGUGUAAUCAAAAAGAAGGAGGAAUAAAGGAGUGGAAGCAUAGAGGCAGAUUAUAAUCAUAUCUAAAAUUGAGUGGAGCUGAACUCUUGUUGGGUGAGGAGUGAAGUAGCUGUUAUCCUAUUGCAAUAAAGCUGCAAUAAGGCUGUUUUAUAUUUUACCAAAACACUACAGUAUCUCUGAGGAAAACAGAAAACAUUUUAAUCAAGGGAGCAAAGUGCAAUUAGAAGAUAUUCAGAAAGGAGUCACCUUCUGAAUGUUGUCCACACUGUUGGAUUUUUCUGAAAACACAGGACCACUCAAGGUUUAUACUAAUAUAUAUGUGUGUAUUUGUAUUUCUCUAUUGUUAUUGUUUGCUAAGAAUGUAUAUUUAGUUAGACAUAAGUGUAUGUAAAAUGUUAAAUAUGAAAAAAUGUUAAUCAAAAAUAAAGUAUGGAAAAAGGA